CUAUAGAAACCUUGACAUUUGCUGUCUGAACAUCGCACAGUGGGCGAAAUUUCUUUCGACAAAAUUCGGAUGUCAUAUUGCGUUCCACAAAAAGGUAAACAAAUAUUUGUUUCACAACAAGCCGCUUGUUCGCUAUAAAUUGUGCUGAAAUUCCACCCAUCGAUUUGGUGCAUUGGGGUGCGACUAGUCUGCGCUGCAUACGACACAGCUUUACUUGAGCAGAAGGAAGUAAAACAUCACAAUGAUUCCUUUUUAUCCUUCCCUGCAACCGUCUCCGGCGUACAAUUUCUGGUUUUCCGUCGACGAGUCUUACGACGAUGAUGCGGAAGUAAAUACGAUGGAAACGGAACAUACGGAAUGGCUGAAUCGGAUUACCUUCAUCGGACAAGAGUUGACCCCGAUCGGCAAAAGUUCCAACGAGCAGCAUAUGGAAAACAUGGACACGGAAGAUGAAGACGCCAACGACGAAAGUGAUGAUUCGGACAACUCGGAUGACGACGACGAUGAUAUGGAUGAUCUGAACAAUACGCGGGGAAAUCUUCCGGAUGAAAUAACCGUCGUUACGGGAGGAUACAUGGGCGAUGAACUUCAAACCAAUGAUGCUUUAUAGAGGAGAUGGUCAUUCGGUUCCCCUUCUGCUUUCAUUCCCGCGUUUCAAUCAUUAUAUUAAGCUCGUGUUAAGUUUAAGAUUUUCUUUAUAAUAUAUCGCUCUAAGUACUUAAA